CUAUGCUUUGAUUCGUACCGCGAAAAAACUCAUCUGGAGUCGGAAAAAAUGGAGUGCGCCGGCAAGGGACGAGGAACUCGUUGCACCGGUCCGGCCACGCGACGCUGUGGUCGCUGCGGAGUUGUUGCUUACUGUUCAGUCGAUCACCAGGUUAAACAUUGGGAUGAUCAUAAAGAUGAAUGCAAAAGGUUUGAACUACAAAUGGAGAGAAUAGAUGCCCUGAAUGAGUUCCCUUUCACAUUUUCCGAGGAGGCUACUGUUCAGUUGUGUCAAAAACAGGAGAGUAGAUGCUCAUUCUUGAGCAAAAGGGCCAUCCACAAAAUUGGAAUGUGGUUUUACGAAUGUCCUUGUGGGGAAGCUGCUGCGUCUUAUAAUUUCUCAAGAUUAAAUGAUGGUUGGGUUCUACCUAGAGUCCUUUGUCCAUGUAGUGAACCCCUUUCACCAAUAACAAAACGCUUACACAGUUGGAAGGACUAUUAUGAUUGGAGAUGCAUCCCCCUUCACUCUCCUGCUGCUUUGAUUCUUCAUUGGCCACUUACAAUAAGUUAUGCUGUGCAAGUUGCUGGUUUGGAGCCCUUGACUCCAGAAUUUGGCGACACAUUAUGCAUACAUUAUCUAGGGCCUGAGAAGGAGCUUCCACAGCUCUCCGUUUUUGCUGAGCUGCUUGCACUUUUCCCUGGGGUGGCAUUACAAAUAGAGCUUGUUGGGCCUAGAAUUCCAGAAGAAAUGAAUGGUGAGACCAUUGACCUUUGCAGUUUUGCUAAGUGUCUUCAGAUGGAUUGUGUUUGCAAAUCUUCUAGCAAAGCUGUUGACAGGGAUGUAUAUUCUAAUAAAUAUCGACAGUUGUCAUUGAAGCUUCGAAGAGGGCUUUACCAUGAUUGUUACAAAGACAUUAUCAAAGAUUGUUAUCCUCACUUGAUCAUUGCUCCAAAUGCUGGGAUUGCUGCGUAUUCCAGUUGGCUACCUACCAUUGAGCUCAUUAAGGAAAUAAAAGUCCCAGCAAUCUUUUCUGAUUUCUGUGAAGAAGCUUGCCAUCUUGGAGCUUCUUGUUUGAGCAGUGCGACAGGCCGUCCCAUUACUUUCCCGAUUCAAUUAAACCCAUUUCGGCAACCAAUAGCUAUGGAAGACACUGCUCUGUUUCUUCCUUGCUAUUCAAAUUGCUUCCUCUAUGGAUUCUAAAUCUACCAAAAGCGCCAGUUUCACUUCACUAUCUCGUUUCAACUCAGGUCUGUGCUUUUUGCGGUAGGGGAUUGAUUAGGUGAAUCAAGUGGUUGCUUGUUUAUUAAGAGGAUAUUUUAAGUUUGCUUUCCUUGUCACUAUAUCUCAAGAUUUUGCCGCCUUAGGCAUAUGAUUGACAAUUUUCUGGAUUAUAUAUUUAUGUUUUUUAGUUCAGGAGUAGUUGGUCAAUGAGUAUGCCCCUAGAGUUGUGUA